AGAAGACGAGAUUCUGGCCUCGGUGUUCGUGCGAGGUGUUUCUUCGUUGUGAGGGAGGCAAGGGGAAAGGAAGCGGUCGUUGAAUGUGGGCUGGUUGUGUUUCUUCCUCGGUGUGCCGGAUAGGAACGAAUGACAAAGAUGCGCUGGGAGCCGACUGAGACGUUGCGUAGAUGAACAAACUAGAAACUGUAGACAAGGAGAAGAAAAACCAGAUUAGUGGGAGCAACUCCAGGGGAGAAAAAUGCCAAACCACCGGCGUGUAUGAGUUAAUGAUCAAGUUGAAUACUGGUAGGCAUGGAGUUGAGGUUUUGGAAAUGGGCCCUUGGCAGCGCAAUGCGUGGUGCGUGGUGCGUGGCAUGCUUGACUUGUUAUGUAAGUCAAAGACGGGGGGGAACCUGGGAGACGAGAGGAAGAGGCGGAGGCAGCAAGCAGGCCGAAGCAAAGGAGUAGAGGAGCAACUCAGAGGAUCCCUCCCACCUGAAUUCCCGGAAAGAAGUCGCCCAGAGGGGCCAAAAGGGCAGUACGAGCAUGGCCGCACCAGCGCCAGGCACACAGAGAGAGUCCAGGGCACCUCAGACUGCGAGAGACAGCCCAGCGCGGACCCCACAAGCACCAGCCCACCAUACCCGCUCUCUCUCUCUCUCUCUCACCCACUCAACCCACUCGCCCACCCACACCAAGGAGGGAUACACACAGGACAGUAUACCCAUUUCGUACAGUACUGCAGCAGACCAGGGCCCUGUUCAGGUUGGACUGGCGUGGGAUGGGUGGGGAAUGGUCAAUGGUGCCUUGCUAGGGGGUGCGCCUGCUUCUGUAGCGCCUGGGAGCGAACAAGAACCAGAGGGACACUUGCGCCGAAGGAGGCCUAGCCUUGGCUGGUCGUGAAAGAGGGAGGGCUGACUCACAAACCAGGCCGUCCAUUGACCAGUCCAGAGGUGUACGGGAACACGAAGGGGUGGGAGGACAGGAAUAGCACCUCAUAGAUACAGUCCAGGGUAGGGUAAGGUUGUGACUGAGAAGGGAAGAGGCGAGAGAAAGAGAGACGCAGAAUACGUACAGAUUGAGGCAAGGUAUCCCAGAACUAAGAUAGUUCAAGUACAAGCUCUUGAGAAUUUGACGUCGCCUACGUCACGUCGUUUGUGUUUCUGUAAGAAGUGUCGGUUUGUUUGCCGAUGAUCUUGAGUCUGAACAAGUACGGAUGGAAAGUUAGAUGGGUUGGAAAAGAGAUGGCAGCAGAUGAGCGA